AGUUAACAAAAUGUUUUCUACGUUGUAGUUAAUUGAUGUGCUGUAAUUUUUAUUUAAAAUUUAAGCGACGAUUAUGGAAAACGAUACUUUUAAUAAAAGAAUUGGCACAACCGACCUCGGAAAACACUACGAAAACGUCCUCAUCGCAAAUUUAACUUUACAACUUGUGUUAGAUAAAACUAUAGAUGAUUUCAAAUUGUCAGCCAAUGACGAAAAAUUCGGUGACUUUGACGAUAUCGUCGUGGAAACUGAAUCAAAUGGAGAGAAGAAAAUAUACGCAAUUCAGCUCAAGCACUUUAGGAAUGUAACUAAGAAGUUAUCAAAAGACAGCUUUAAGAAAAACAAAGAGUUUGAUCUUCAAAAAUACUUUACGUCGUUUAAAAAUAUCAAACAAGGCGAUCGUUCUUGCAAUUUUAUUUUGUUUACAAACGAAAAAUGUGAUAUGGAAGUUGAAUUGAAAAUUCGCGAUAAUGACAUCAUUCGUGUUAAAUUGAAAAAAGUUGAAUCGAAAGAACUGUUUACCAACGGACUGUGUUACAAGUUUGAAAUAAUGAAUAGCAGCGAACUUCCUGCAGACUCUAAAGAAUAUCACACAUUCUUUGACAAUUUGUUGUUAUAUACAAACCAAUCAAAUGCAGAGAAAACAGAAACUGAUGUUAGAUUACAAUUCGAACAAAUAUUUUCUUGCUCUAGUGAAGAGUCAGCUAAGUUUUUACAAUUUAUAUCUCAGUGGCAUUUUCAAGACGGCACCAAAGUGAAAUUAAACAAACCCAUGAUGCGGAAAGUGAUAGCAGUUGCUGCACUGUGGGGUUCUACUAAGCCUCUUGCAUUUACACAUACUACCGACGAAAUGAAAUUGGUACGUAGGGCUAUUGAUAAUUUUAAUAUCACAGCCAUUCAAGAGGAAAGUUACGAUAAAAUUAAAAUUCUCUGGAGUGACUUGAAAUUCAAAGUUUUUGAGCAGAAUAUCGAAAAACUAGCACGAAAAUUUCCAUUUCUUUGUUUGAAAGAAAGUGUCGCUGAUACUGAUGACAACACUUUAUCAAAACUUUUGUGGUUACUGGAAAUGACUCCACUGAUAGUCAGCGAGAAUCAAACGGUUCAUAAUGUCAUGGACCUCUGUCGCAAAGAAAAAUUUAUCUUAGUUAGUUCGGGAACACCCAAGGAGCAACUAUCGCCAAGCAGAAUUUUUCAAAAUCUGUCAAAUUUGGAUCCUAGGUCUGAACUAUAUCAAAAUAUUGUAACCACAUUCAAGUGUUUACUUCAAGGGAAAGAAAUUGUUACUUUAGAUUUUCUAAUUAAGAAAAAUGAUGAAAUUCGAACAAUUAUAACCCCUGAGGAACUGGUGAAAAUGUUGGACCGUCCGUAUCAGAUUGGCGAGAAUAAAGAAUUUAUAUCGGAAAGUUACAUUAACAGACAUUUGUCGGUAAAUUAUAUUGAUAUCAAUUAUUUAAAAAACGUUGAUACUGAUACUUUGAUUGUUCUUGAUUGUAUGAACCAAAUAGAAAAUAUUUUGAAGAAACUGGGCAAUUUUAAUUUGAUGGAUAUCAAAUUAUUUUUUCGAGAUAACGAUAAUAAUUCUAGAAAUUGUGGUCAAUUUUUGCCGAAUCAUCGAACGCUAUAUCACACAAGUCCAUUCUUAAAAAAUUAUGUUUCUGGUUCUGAUAUAUACAUCAGUGACAAAUGUUCUUUGGAUGAUUUUCAAAAAAUUUGUGAUCACAAUCCAAAAAUGAAAAAAUAUCAUCAUUUGAAGAUUAUAGAUGAAAAGACUUUAGAAUGGGUACGAAGCAAAGGUGAUAUAAGCGAUCUAUCGAGGUAUCGAAGAGAAGAACGAUUUGUUGAAGAAACAACUUUUUAUACUAGUGAAUUUGACAACAAUGUGAAUGUAGUGAAUGGAGACCCGGGAACCGGAAAAUCUGAAUUAUUGAAAAAUAUCAAAAAUAAUUGUGGUGUGGAUUUUUGGUGUAUUUUUUUAAAGUCUGUGGACACCACUCUUUUGUGUACGCGUCUAGAGAAAAUCCAAGCAGAUGAAAGAGAAUCUGAAUUGAUAGAGUUUAUUCGAGACACAAUGUAUGUGGGAUAUCCAAAUUUUGAUAAAGAGGUAAUAACGUUAUUGAUCAAGAAUCGUCACGUUGUCUAUUUCUGGGAUGCUCUUGAUGAAGUUACAACAAAAUGUACAGAAAUUGUGAUUGAUCUCAUAAAGGAAUUGUCCCAGAAAAGUGUCUUCCAAUGGAUAACCAGUCGUUGCCAUUUAAAGAAACAACUCGAGAAGAAGUUCGGUGUGUUAUCAAAAAGCGUGAGCCAAUUUAGCGAGGAAGAACAAACUCGUUAUAUUCAUCAAAGGCUUAAAGACUUUUAUUCCGAUGAACAUAUUGACAAAGUAAUCCAACAGAUUAGAACUACAGUCACAUCAAUAAAAAAUAACAAUAUUUUAGCAACCCCUUUACAGAUUUAUAUGUUCACUGAGCUCUUCCAUCACAACCCUGUCAAAUACAGAAUCUUACUUGAAAAGCUGUUUUCUUUAACGGAUCUUUACCAACACAUCAUAGACGAGAAGUUCAACAGAUAUUACAAAGAAAAGGCUGAUGUUCGAUACCCUAAUAACGCCUUAAGACAAGUCUUAGAAGGUUACAAAAAAUCGAUGUUUGAGAAAUACGAAAAAGCGGGACUAAAAUCACUUGUCAAGAAAGAAGUCUUCAAGCAACUGAAUAUCAACUGUGAUGAUUUUUUGAACGAGAUUCAAGAUCGUGCUGACAGUAUAGGACUGAUAACUGAAGUCACUGACAAAUUUCCGCAGUUUCUGCACAAUUCCUAUGCCGAGUUCUUUGUGGCCAAGUAUUUUAUAGAACACCAUAGCGAGAUCAAUGAUUUUGAAAAGAUCAUUUUUGAUAGCAGAUACACGAAUGUGCGGUUUUUCUACGAUCUACUUACUGCGAAAGAUUCAAUUGCUCACAAGGCGGUGUUGUAUAGAAAUACAGAUUUACUUAUGAAACAGUACAUGGACGAUAUGAUUACUUGUGAAGACACUCGAGGGCGAAAUGUUUUACAGAUUGCAUGUUCAUGGGGACAGAGACUUCCUGUUCUACAAGUGGAAAAAAAUGACGGCAUCUAUGUUAUUGACAAUGAAAAAGAUGAUUCAUUGUGUGGAGAACCAACCGAGUAUAUUGAAAUGCUGCAGUAUCUCUUAGAGAAUUGUCACACAAACGGUGAUCAAGAAUUGAAAAAUGCUGCGUUAGAAUCGGCCAAAAAAUCUGAGUCUUUGUUGGCAAAGUUAAUACUUCUUGGACAUAGCUCCUCCAAACUCAGAAACGAUGACGACGGUAUUAGCAUCUUGUACUAUUCUGCUAAGUUUGGUUACACUCAAGCAAUUGACUUGUUUGACAAUGUGCCUUAUGUGAAAACAAAGAAAUGCGGUUUCUCUCUUCUUCAUCUAUCCGUUAAUUAUGGUCAAGGAAAAUAUGUGAAGAAACUUCUUUCCAUAGAGGCAUACCAACAAAAUAUAGACGAUAAAGACGAAAAUGGAGAAACUCCACUUUAUAAAGCCUGCCAAUACGGAUAUUACAACCUGGUGGUUUAUCUUGUAGAUCACGGUGCCAACGUCAAUGCGACAACCUCAAAUGGUUCCUCACCUCUUCACACAGCGUGUCUUCACCUUCACACCAACAUCGUCCGAUUUUUGCUAUCCUCAAAAGCCAACAUCAACGCGGUAAAAAAUUUUAACAUAACUCCACUCCAUGUUGCUUGUUGGAAUGGUCAUUACGACGUUGUGGAUCUACUUCUUCAAAACGGUGCCAAUAUCAACUCUGCGGCAAGCGAUGGUUGCACGCCCCUGUACGUCGCUUCAAGAAACAGACACGACACUGUAGUUAAACUUCUACUUCAGAAAAAUGUUGACAUCAAUUUGGCUCAAGAAAAUGGCGUAACUCCUUUAUUUAUAGCUUGUCAAGAAGGGCACAUAAAAAAUAUCAAUCUUCUUUUAAGAGCAGACGCUGAUGUCAAUCGUGUUACGAAGAGUGGGGAGUCACCACUUUAUGUGGCUUCUCAGAACGGCCAUGAAGCAGUGGUUAAGUUGCUGAUUAUGUUCGGAGCUGAACUAAAUGCUGUUGCUGAUAAUGGGUUUAUGCCGAUUCACAUUGCGUCUCAACAAGGGUUUUCAAAAGUUGUGCAAUUGUUGCUUGAACGAGGAGUCGAUGCCAACAUUUGUAGCACUGAUGGUAUGACAGCUUUAAGUAUGGCAAAAAAUCUAGGACACGAUGAUGUUGCUUCGUUGUUGAAGAGGUCCAGAUUGUGGAAUAAAGCAUUUAAAGUUGUUAACUACAGGCUUAAUUUUGUUAAGAAGCUUAGAACAUAGAAGUGCGUUCCUAUCACUGUAAUUUCAUUUGUAAAAGAUAAUUUUAAUAAGUACUUGUAGUAUGUUUUUUAUUAUCUUAAGUUAUGUAUUACUUUGUUGUUGUUAAUUUAUAUUAUUAUGUAUUAUAUGA